CAACCCUCGCCGCGGACGGACGGCAUGGCGGCCGCGCGCUGAUCGUUCGCUACGUGACUGUGCUAUGAACAUACUCACACUCGCAUCCUCCAGUGCUGCGAACCGCGACAUUUCAUCAAUGAAUCGGUCUAAGAGCGGCAUGCGGCGGCCGCGGCUGCUGAUGUUGCUGCUGGCGGCGACGCAGCUACUUGCAUUCGCGCAUGCGGGUCCGCUGGGCCCUCUACCGAAUGUGACAAGUGCCGACGUGGGGUUGAAGGAAGGCAGUUGCGCGCUCGGUGACGUGGUCUAUAUGUCGGGCGACGAAUUUCCGGGAUCCGGCCCGUGCGAGCGCUGCCGCUGCGCGCACGGCGGCGUGCAGUGCGCUCGCACGCGCUGCGAGCCUCGGCCCGGCUGCAAGGCGCUGCACCGCCCCGACCAUUGCUGCCCCACAUACCAGUGCGAAUGUGAGCAGGAGGGUCGCGUAUAUGGCAACGGCGAGAAACUGGUGGACCCGGCGGACCCGUGCCGAGUGUGCUACUGUCAGGGCGGCGAGGUGGUAUGCCGGCGCAUCGCGUGCUUCUUGCGCGAUGAUUGCUCGCCGCGACUUGUGCCAGGCCGGUGUUGCCCCGAGUACGACAACUGCCCGCUCAGAGGAGUCACGGUGGUACCAGGCGUUACUCCCUCCACAACAACAGAAAUCAUCCAGAGUAGCCCCGCGCUCCCUCCAAAAGAAAUCAUGAAACAAGAGAUCACCAUCAAAGAGAUCACCCCCGUCUCCGAAAUACCAGUGAUCCCUGAAGUGAAAAUUAAGGAAAUUUUGCCCUCACCCAGCAUCGAGGUCACAGAGUACUCAUCCUCCAAGUCCCCCCUGAUCGUGCGAGAAGCUACAUCUGAAAAGCCUUUGACACAAGACGAUGCACUGGCGAAAAAUGAUACUCCUGUUGUUAUAGAAGUGCAAUCAACCUUAGUACCUAUGCUAAUGCCGUCCGAAGUCUCCACGGAAGGCAGCGAGAGCAAUCCGGAUACAAAAGCCACGAAUGACUCCCCUCCGUCCAAGAUUAGUUUCUCAACUCAAGAUUCCAUCAACAGCGAAAUUUAUCCCUCAAUUCAGAGCAGUUCGCCAACAAUGGGUGUACCAUCUAUCAGCCUAAAUGGUGCUUCGACUGCCACUACCAAAGCCCCUGUUAUCGAAGAAGAAGAUCCUACAAUAUUUGACCACAACCCGGCUUUCCCGCCUCUACCUGAUGACUUGUCGGUUUUGCGAAACCAUGAAGAUGAAAUUCUUCCGGAACAAAUUCCAGAAGAACACGUUUCUGAACCGCAGGAAGUUGUAAUUAUUUCUGACGCAUCUUCUUCCCCUGAACUGGAUACAAAAACAGCUAUCCCAACUCGAAAAAAUAUUUUAAACGAAGUGCCGCUGACUACUACUAACGCACCAUCUACUACAAUAAAAGACGAAAAAACCUCGACAGUUCUAAUUAAUUCCAAUGACUUAAGUACGUCUAAUUAUGUAAACACGCUUAAUAACUUAAACACAGCUAGUGAUUUUAGUACUGCUGAAGCAAUGGCUACAACUAAAUUAGAUUCAAUUGUUGGCACUCAGAGCACCAUUACACGUGUGAAGGACAGCCCUAUGCUAAAUAUUAGAUCUGCUAUUCCCACUGAAAUAUUGAACAUUCCGUCAUUCGUUCCCGAUGAAAUAACAGACGAAGUUGACGUUGACGAUGUCAUCAAAUCUAUCCCAGAAAGUGUUUCAGUCCCCGCAUCAAGUUUUACAGUGGAAGGUGACAAAAUUGUGAAAAUAGAUGAUAAAAUAAUUGCUACGUUUCAAACACCUACCCAAUUUAAAACAGUGCCUAUUCCUACAGUAGCAGAUCCUAAAACUGUAUCUGAAACUGAGUCACAGAAAGUAUUUGAAACAGUACUACAAAAAUCAUCUUCUGCUGCCAUUCAAACACCUCAGGAAUCAACAGUAAGCUUGAUAGCCAAACCUCACGUUGUUACUGAGGGCACGCUACAGACUGAGUUAAGCUCAUUACCUAUCGAAACCAGUGACCAAAAUCCAAAAGAAACACCUGAGAUUAGUUCAAAGGAAAGUGUCAUUACUUCGACUGAAAGUUCCUUGUCCACAGAAGAACCCACUACCAAAAUAUCUAAGCCGUUAGAAUCAGAUGUAAUUACGGUAUCCAGUGCAGUACCGUCAACUGAUAAUCAAUCGUUUGAAAAUUUUGAAACAACCGAAUUUAUUUUUAUUUCGUCUGGUUCGACAGAGAGCGUAACAGAUGCCGUCGAAUUGAUUAAGAUAUCCGGUGAACAAGAACAAAGUUCUGCCAUAAUCGAGCCUGCUCAAAGCCAAAAGAACAAUGUCCUCACGGACCUUAUCACCUUAGUGGGUGACGUAGCAUCAAUUGGUGACCACACAGACGUUCCUGACGCCCUUCGUCAAGCAACAUCUUCCGUCACCAGUAUCUCGGAAUCUGAAGAUCUAAUUCCCGUUAACCCUGGCUACAAAAGCAAAAACAGUAACUGGAACUUAAACUCUAUCACUGAAACAUCGCAAGUCAAAAGCAAGAGUCCGACGGUAAACAAACAGAGAAUUGUGGAGAUCGAGGGCGAAGAUACUGAUACCAUUACAGACUCUCCCCCGCCCAAUGACAAGGUGGAGCCGACGACAAAGCGGCCUAUCAUAGACAACGUGUCCGACGACAAAAAGCCGGAGAAUAUAACGAGUAAUAAGGAAAUAGAAAUUAUCACCAAAUCUUACGUGCCUACUAUCAACAGACGGCCGACGAAGAUUGUUAUGAAAAAAAAUAAUGAGAAACCAGUAGCUGAAGAAACGGCGACAGAAGACACAUUCGAGUCCAGCGAAGAGGAGUCGGUCACCGAGAGCCGUACCAGCACCGUCACUGCCGCCGUUGCAGAAACGACGGAGGAAGACGAAUCCUCACCCGCUGUGCAGUGAAAGCUAUUCAUUAAUCCACGAAACCCCUAUCCUGAGCAUUUUGUAGGGAGUAUGCUUCGUUAUUGAAGCUCCUAUUUAACUAUAGAGACUAUUAGGUUAUCAGAACGAGAAAUUAUUAUUUGUCAAUUUGAUCCGAGCGCGGAAACAGUUUCCGUGUGACGAAGCUCACUCGUGUAGUGUAGUGUAGUAUAAGUAGACGACCGAGACUCUCGGUUUAAUUUUUGUGUACUAGUUGGACAAAUUAUUUAUAAUUAUUAUAAACUAGAUGUAAAGGAGCGACCCUCGCGCUGUCCGCAAUGUGUCAAAUUAUGCAGGAUACUAAGUGUAGGCGCAUGCGCCAGCUGUCGAUUUGUCGGAGCGGGUGAUUUGCGCGCUAGCUAAGUUAUUAUUUAUUUGUUUAGUGAGAGUCGCGGUAGAGUGAUCGUAAGUAAGCAACCAAGCUAGUCAACUUGUGACGCCACGUUGCCAUUACUGCUAGCUAAUGUAACGAAACAUGACAAACACUCGCGUUAACGUAAGCAUUCCAUAGUUUUAGUUCCUUUAGGUUGAAUCAUAAGAACAAAGUGUGCGAGCGCGCGCGGCGAGCAGGUGUCGCUGCUCCCGCGCAUAACAAAAUUUGGUACAAAUUUGAUAUUAUAGAGACAUUUAUGAUGCCGUCAGACGUACUGUAGAGCGCAAAUGUGUUCGCACAUAGGUAUAUUUAUUAUUCACGUAGUGGCGGGACGGAGGUCGGGCAGAAGGCUCAUUGUAGCGUAAGCUGUACUGUUCCCUUGCCAGUGUCAAUUCAGUAUGUCAUCGCGCCGGCGCCACGAGGCCGCGCGGCCGCCCUGGCCGCCGGCGAUCGCCGCCCCUCGCGGCUCGGUCUGUGUUUCUUGCUCCGGAAGACCGCGCCUUUUCCCGGGCAAUAAGCGCAUGCUCAUUAUUUUAUUUUAUUAUUAUUAUUGUUUUUUUACAAAUAAAACAAAACUAGACUG